AUGGCUGAUGUCAUAGGCACCGUCGCAUCUGUACUACAAUUAGCCGAAAUAACCGCAAAAACCGCAUUGAAAGUGUACGACUUCUUCUCCAUCAUUCAAAAUGCCCCGCACGAGAUAACCGCUCUUGGAAAUGAUGUUCUUGCAAUUUCUGUGCUGGUUCGUAAUCUGGCAAAUUCACUCGCAAGUAAAUCUGUCGAAAAGGCAAUUCAGAGGGAUGCCGAGAUAGAGGAUGCUCUGCAGUCCUUAAUUGACCCAAUGAACAACUGUCAGGCCGCAGUUAAGAGAUUACAGGACAAAAUUAAGCCACACCUCACUGCGGAUCUAUCUUCACUCCAGGGUACAGAGUGCGAAAUAGACAGCAGCCAAUCAAACACAUGGAAGAUGAAAAGCAAAAACGUGCGCUGGUUUCUUCAGCGGAAGGAUGUCUAUGCUUCGGCAGCAGAGUUAGAACGUGCGAAGCUUACAUUUGGAGGUGCGAUGGCGAGUAUUACAUUCAGUAUCCUCACAUUGAAACAAUCAAACACAAAUCAUCAAGCAGAUUUGACGGGCUUCCAGAAACGCGAGUAUGAUGGUGAUGCAGUCUCGUUGCCUGACCACGGACAAGGCGAUUGUCAGCCAGGAUCGACACAAACAAACAAUGUGAAUAUCACAUAA